AUGGAUGACGAAGAUCCCCUCGCCAACUUCGCCUUCGCAGAUGUAUCUUCAGAUGAAGCCGAUGAAGCAGAGGCGACAAAGUCCCGCCGCACAGGACAGUCAGAAGAAGCUUGGCGAGUAGUCCAGAAGGAGUACAAGCCAAAGGUUGAGAACGGCGAUAUUUACCAGAAAGUCAAGCUCCCAAUUGGCCAUAACGCCACCAAGAUGGAUAUUCAAGAGGUUAUCCAUGCCGUUGAAGAACACUACUUCUUCCACCGUUAUAGAGAAGCCGAGAAACUAGCUGUUGAGGCCUUGAAGGAUGGCCAAGGACUCGACCUCGCUUCCAUUGCCCAUCGAGAGGCCGAUCUCCAAAAUUACCCUUGA